GCGGCGGCGGCGGCGGCGGCUUGCCCUGGUCUCCCCGGAAGAGGGGAGCAGGCGCUCCGGGAGCGAACUCAGGUGGAAACUGGAGGUGGACACACAGCAAUACUGUGGCUUCUGUGCAAGGAGGACCUCAGCAUCCUUUCCCCAGCGAGGGCCAUCGCAAAGGGGGAUUUAGGUUUGGGGUGACUCAUCUGCAAGAGCAGCACGGUCUGUAAUUUUCCUCAGCUUUUAACAAGGCUGGGAAAACUUGCUGCACACCAUUCUGGACUCUCCGACUCCAGAAAGAUGUCAACAAAGUGGAAGGCGAGCCUCUUGGCCUGUGAGGGACUCUCUGGUGUUUGCCUGGUGCCAACAGUUGCCAGCAAGAAGAUGAUGCCGAAACAAAGCUCUAAGCAGGUGGAGAACGGGGAGAGAGGGGGUGCACCGGACAUGCUGGGUCAUCGCAAGGAGAGUGAGAAAUCACGUAGUCGGAAGGAAGAAGAAACAGCAGAAGGAUCACCUCCUAAAAAAUCCCUUAAAAAGGUAAUGGUGAUUGAGCAGAAUGGAUCCUUCCAGGUCCGGAUCCCUAAGAACUUUAUUUGUGAGCACUGUUUAGGAGCAUUCCGGAGCAGCUACCACCUCAAGAGACAUAUCCUCAUCCAUACCGGAGAAAAGCCUUUUGAGUGUGAUGUAUGCGACAUGCGCUUCAUCCAGAAGUACCACCUGGAGCGCCACAAACGUGUCCACAGCGGGGAGAAGCCAUACCAGUGUGAGCGCUGCCUGCAGAGCUUCUCCAGGACAGACCGGUUGCUGAGACACAAACGAAUGUGCCAGGGUUGCCCCAGCAAAGCGUCCGACUCACAGCUGCUGCUUUAGGGUCAGGCCAGGGAAGAGGCAUUUAGGAGGAGCUGGAACAUCCACCAGACGCUCUGGGCGUGGGCCUGUUCACCUGCUUGCUUUUUGCGCCUGAGUUCGCCUGCUGGGCCUGCUCCUGUGGAAGGGGCGGAGCCGAGUGGGCCCAGACUUCAACUGUGGUCUUGACACUGUAAAUAAAUUGAGGACAAAGCAGGGCUGACUCCCAGCCAUUGGGAAGCCCGCUGCAGUUGUGGAUGGACUUCGCUGGGGUGCGCUUUUUGUUUUUGUUUAGUUUUUUGAAAGGAUCACCAUUUGCCUCAGGAAGAGCUUUGAAAGCGCUGCUGGGCCUUCUGCGAGCUGUUCCGACCAGAUCCGGUGCUCUCGGUCCCCAGAUGAUCUGCCAGCUGGCCUGAUCUUUGGGCUUGCAAAGGUGGGAGAGCAACAGGCAAAUAUUUUAUGAAAACAGUGACCACCAUCAGUCAAGCUGCAAACUAUUUUGCAGAGCUUACCCACGAAAGGAACGGAAAGGAGGGAUUAACAGCAGCAGGAUACUGAGGCCUGGGAUCGCAGCAGUCUGUCUAGUUUAAGCUUGGCCGUGAGAUCUACAGGACUUCGUUCUUUUCGUGCUAUUCUCUUAACAGUGAUUUGUGAUUCGGUUCCAUUCUCAACAUUCAGGUUCCAAGAAACAAGGGCUGCAGAAGGUGACGCGUGCUGUUGGCCUUGGAUGUGCUCCUCCUGGCAAGGUGCAGAUACUCAGCUGGCUGGAAGGCUCUGUUUUCUCCUUCCCAGGAGAGGAGGACCCAUGCGUGUAGUCCCUUUGCUUUACCUUGUAAAUAGCCAGCCGUUCAGGACCUACCCUGUUACCUGUCCCUUCAGAGGACAUUCAGAGCUGUCUUAGGGGGCAAUCCUGUUUUCGUAAAUACGUGAAAAGCCAGCUCUAGUCCAAGAGCACUUGUCUCCCAAGCCUCAUGCUGAAGAACUGCCGUCUCUUUGGGGGAGAAUGGGGAAGGGACUCUGGCCUCUUGAUACGUCUCUUGGAAUAAAAUAUUUGAGGACUAAGGGUCAGCAUUCCCAUGCACCAUUAAUUCCGAUUGCUCCUGGGUGGCUUCGUAGAAGUUUGAAAAUAUGCAAAUUUUUGUAUGUGCUAUUAUUUCAGCUUAGUUACAACAGGCAGUCAUAAGUGUGCAAGGAAAGCAGGAACCUCCAAAACCUCUUGCUCCUCAUUGUUGCAUUCACAGAGAAGUAGUGGCCUUUCUAUAGGGCAAGUAAUAAUUUCUCUCUGAGCCUGGAAACUACAUGUUAAGAAGAGUCAUCUCCAUCUGAAUGGUAGAUACAAAUCUCGUGUGUGCUUCAAAUACAUGCCUCCCUGAGUUAACUUCUGAGUUUACCAUACACACCUUGUUUUAAGCCAGGUUUAAACCGAGGGCUGCACCAGUAGAGAAAUGGUGGUCUUUGUUUGGUCAUGCUGGAGAGAUUAUUCUUGAGGGGCUGCAUUUCUGCCCAUGCAACUAGAAAGCUGUUAUAAAUAGAGAUGGGAUGCUUUAGCUGAGUGUUUUUCAAACUUGGCAACUUUAAGAUUGUGGACUUCAACUCCCACCAUGCUGGCUGGGGAAUUCUGGGAGCUGAAGUCCACACAUCUUAAAGUUGCCAAGUUUGAAAACAACUGCUUUAGAUCAAGAUUGUUCUCCCCCCAAAUUCAACCAUGUAAGAGAUUCCAGUGUACUAGCAAAAGGCAUUGUUCUUUAAAGCAGCCUUCCCUUUGCUGCCUAGGGAUCAUGGGAGUUGUAGUCCAACAAAUCUGGAGAAUAUUAGCUUAGGGAAUGUUAACUGUAGAGGAGAUCAUAUUUUUUAUAAAAGAGUUCUUGAUUCCCCUCUGCUUGUGCAUUGGAAAAGCCAAUAUUUUUUCAUUCCCAGCCUCAUUAUGUUUCCAAAAUUAGUCACAUCAACUUCUAUUCUGCAGUUUGUAGGACUGAUUAGGGCAUCCCGCAACUCUAGAAAUUGUGGUUUGUUGCUGUUUGGGCGUGGCUGAUAAAAGUUAAAAUGGCUGCUCUUUAAAAAGAACGUACCGCCAUAUGUCUUUCAGUUUCCUGAGGACUGUUUUUCCCCAAAAGGAAAUAAAAUAAUUGCUGUAGAAAAAGGUUGAGGAAAUGUAGAUGUUUAGAAAGAAAGUGGAAAGGAAAUUGGCAUGUGACUGUUUCAGGGGGAAGUAGCAAUGUGCUCAGCUGGGGGGAAAAAAACCUGCUUGAGCAGAAGAAACCUCUUUGUCCAGUAUAGACGUUUUUCUGUCCCUUUCUAGCUAAUCCUCUGGCAUUGAUCCAGUACGUGAGACAUGGCAUCACACAGCAUAUUCACUGUUGCCUAGUAUUUCCCCAAGCAGCGAGCUGAAUCUCUUGAGUGACCUGCCUCAUGCUGCUAAAUCCUUUAUGUGCCAAGCAGGGUAAUGAGUCUGGGUUGUUUUGAUCCCUCUAAAGCAUGUGCAACUGUAGUAGUGCAAGGAUGUGUUUUGCUUAGGCUCUGCAUCUUGCAAGGAGGUUAUUCGUUAACACUAAUGCUGGGAGAGGAAUUCUUCAAGUUGCUGCACACUCUUGACCAGUGCAGCCAUUUAACAAUCAUCUGUAUGGGCUUUAAUUGGUGGUGUGCCAAUCUUGUUGUCUAGCUCUGUUUCCCUGUUGGGAAGGGGGAAAAAUGCUAACCCGCAAAACAAGCUGCGUGUGACUUUCAUUGCUGAAUUUUGCUUGGAAGUGGACUCUAGUGUUGAAAGAACAGGAUGGGAGAGAAGGCAGUCAUGGUGGGCAGGGUUGACGCUGCUUCCGUUUUUUAUUGCAGCCAUCUUCAUAGUGGGGUUGGUACCUGGCCAGCUUAUAGUUCAUGCACUUCUCCAGACUACCAUCUCAUCUUAGUGAACUAUGUUCUACUCUGUUAGGUUCACAAUUCUCCACAAGAAUGUUUUCUAAAACAAAAAUCCAUAGUUUUUCAAGUGGCUGGGGAAAAAAAAGCUUUUGUGAAAUACUUUAAAAUAUGUGUUCGCUCUCCUUGUGCUUAAGGUGCUAAAGACUGCAGGUGACAAUUUUUCAGAAAGAGUAACCAGAACAAUUCAGUGAGUAAUUUUAAUAAUUGGGCAGAGUAAUAUGGUUCAAACAUUUUCUGUUAGAAGAAAUAAUCGCCUGCAGGCAGAAAGUUAGCAAAGCAGUGGAAAAAUAGUUUUCUAUGGAUGGAGGUUUCCUUUAAACAAAUAGCUUGACCCACCCCAAAUAAAUUGGUAGCAUUUAUUAAUUGCUGCUGGUCCAUCUGAACUAGAAAUUGCAUGCAGUAGGUAUAAUUGCACUAAGUUCUUUGCAUUUUUUCUUUAUGGAGAUGAAAUUGAAAGGAAGUGAAACUGAUUGCCACUCUUUAAAAUGCAAGGGACCAAAGCCAUUUCAGGGUGAAAUUUGUUCAAACAGAACCAUGAAGAGGCAGUGAGGUGAAAAGAAGACUAAUGUGUUGAAGGUUGAGGAAAGUGAGACUUAACACAUAGGUAAAAACAAUGUAACAUUUUAAAAUAUUCUUCAUUGUACCAGCGCAAUGGAUGGAGUUGCUUUGACAUGAUUGCAGCAAAGAGUUAGAUGAAUUGGAUGGCUUGACAAUUCCAGGUCGUAGCAGACUGGAAAAUGAGUUCUACAUUAAUGUUGACCUGUGCUUCCUUUGCAGGAACAUAGGGACACAGUCUAUGGCAGUGUUUCUGAAUCUUGGCAACUUCAAAAUGUGUGGGCUUCAACUCUAGAAUUCCCCAGCUGACGGAAUUCUAGGAAUUGAAGUCCACACAUCUUAAAGUUGCCAAGGUUGAGAAACAGUGGUCUAUGGUAAUACCUCUCUUGGAUGUAGAGAAGCCAAUCUUUAGAGAGUAUGUGCCAUGCUUUUCCCCUAUAUCUUUGUCCAACCUGAAUAUGUACCUUAUAGGCAGUCCCCAGGAUAUGCAAGUCCAGACUUGUGUCAUUCUGACAUGCAAGAGGGAUUCAACCGGACAGACACUGUUUUGGUUGUGUGCAAAAUGGCUGCAGCAUGCAAGCCAACCUGUGCAAAGGUCAGGAGGGCUGGAACCUUUGUGUAACCCAAGGAGUGCCUGUAUCGGUGUUGCACUAAAGUGCGGCUGGGGGCAAGUAGAUAGAAGGAGCUUUUAUUUGUGUCCUCUGUCUUACCUACUUUCCUCCAUGAGAGUCAGAAAUCCCACUCUGUCAGUGGAUGUUGUUGGGCACAGUUGCUAUUCCCCUUCCUUUUCCUGGGGGCUGGUAGCAGAAGGAUCGAUUGCACUGGUCACAGGGAAGGGGUGCCUUAAGGUGCUUUCUGAUGUGGUGCUACUGGUCUUCAUUUAGGAAUUUGGUUCAAAUAGGAAGAAAAUGUAAAGGAUCUUUUCUUGCAGUUCAUACUGGCUUUCACAUACUCCUCCUGAAAGGAAGAAAAAUUAUAGCACUUCAGCCUGACCAGAGAACCUGUGGACUUCAUGUGAAGGUCCAAUAUCUUUUUCUAAAGUAAUUUAUUUUCCUUCCCUUUAACUUGCUUAUUUUGCCGGGAAGGGAAUUGGGGCAGGGGUGUGUUACCCAAGGACAGGAUCACUUUUAAAUUGUAGUUUUUAUAAGAUGCUAUAAACUUGUAUCUUUUUACCGUUA